CUAGACUAAAUAAAGGAAUCACUGUUAUUCCACAUCUUCAAGCCAUUUUCCACAAAAUGAAAAUUAUAUUUGGCGAGACACCAUCAUAUUCACUUCCCAACCCCAAAAGAAAUCGUGUAAAAUAGGAGGCGUGUAUGUACGCGUUCAGUAUUCAGUAUUCACUUGCCAUGUGUUUGGUAUGGCCUUGGCAAAAGAAAUGGGUAUCAUAAAACUGAACCAUUCGGUCCUUAAAUGCCCUCCUUACCUUGUCAGACACACAAUAGGGACGAGAAACUGUUCCUAAUUUCUAGAAAUGACAAAGGAGCUCUAAAAACCACACUUUUCUCGCUAUUUAGAACUCCAUAAAUGCAGAACCAGAAAUGACAGCAGACUCCUCAAUGACCCUCUUUUUUGUGUGAUAGCUGAGUUUCCUUUAUCAAUACGUGUUCUCUGUCUUCUCAGCCUUAGGCUUUGACCACUUGGCACACUCUGUAGCAUUUGUACUAGCUUCGAUCAUCACUACUAUUUUGGAAAUUCAAGGACAAAUUUUGUGUUAUAUAUAAUAACAGUGUAGAGCGCAGGGUUGUUCACCCUUUUACCUCGUUUGUCUAUUUAGUCCAAUCCUUCUUGUUCCUAAGUGUUGAUAUUAAAAGGGAAAAUGAGUUAUAUGGGUGUCGGUGUUAGUCCUGGUACUGUCCCUGUGUAUCAUGGAACAAACCUCAAAGUAUUGGAUAGGAGGGUGAGGAUAGCAGAGUUGGUGUUAAGGUGUGUGAGCCUUAGUCUAGGACUUCUUGCAACUGUUCUUGUGGUGACUGAUGCCCAAGUUCAAGAAUUUUUCUCCUUUCGGAAGAAAGCUAAAUUUACAGACAUGAAGGCUUUGGUGUUCUUGGUUGUUGCCAACGCACUAUCUGCUGGGUACUCCUUAAUCCAAGGAUUGCGCUGUGUUCUGAGUAUGAUUAGAGGAACUGUGCUCUUCAGCAAGCCCUUAGCUUGGCUCAUUUUCUCUGCUGAUCAGGUGAUGGCAUAUGUGACGGUGGCUGCUGUGGCGGCAACAUUGCAAUCAGCCGUGUUUGCAAAGGCGGGGCAACCAGAAUUUCAGUGGAUGAAAGUAUGCAACAUGUAUGGGAAAUUCUGCAACCAAGUGGGAGAAGGGGUAGCCAGUGCUUUUGUGGUUAGCCUUAGUAUGGUGGUCCUCUCUUGUAUUUCCGCUUUUAGUCUCUUCCGUUUGUAUGGCUCUAACAAAAACAAAUAUGCGAGUUGGUAGGUUAUGAACUAACGUGGUUUCAUGCCAUACAUACAACCUACUCCUCUUACCAAUCUUUCUUGGUUAAUAUAGUACUUCUGUAAUUAAAGAACGAUGGUGGUGAUAUGAGAAUUUCGAUUAUGUUAC